AUGGUACAGGAAUGGGUGACGAGGGCAGUGGCAGCAUUGAUCACAGAGGAGGCCAAAUCUGUGACGAAGAGUGGGCUUGCUGCAGUGGGCGCUGUUACCCUACUAGGAGAGCAUAGUCAGAAAAACACAUAUAUCCAACACAUUUUGGGCCUUUACCUGUAUUCGACUGGCGCCUCGCGCCAACAAAUCACAGUCUUGAAUCACCUGGGGCUGAGCAUAAGCUAUACAACACUCGCAGGCUGCGGUAUCAACAAGCACUACACUGCUGAAGGCCCUUUCAUGGUUGUCUAUAACAACAUCAACUGGGUCCAGAAAGCGACAUCACAGAUAGUCGGUAGGAUUGACACACAAGAAAACGGGAUGUGCGCAACGUUGAUACCUCUAUUGAACGCAUCGAAAGAGGCACUCCAAGCGACCAACCUCGACAAAUCCUUUGACAAAGCACCUCCCCUGUCACUUGAUGACCUCAUACUCCAACCCGAUGACCACACCUUCUUCCAGACAUGCUUAGUCCACACUGUACUUAUGAUCGUGAUGCAUCAUAGUGGACACAACAUGCAGCGCUUCCGGAAACCCCUUCAAGAGAGCCUUCCGACAUCUCAUCAGAAGAUAGAACUACACAAGACUGAUGUUUAUCCCCUGCCAGCAAUGAACAUCAAUGAGUCAUUGACUGCUGGGAAUGCAGAGGUGGUCGAUGCCGUUUUGAAGGAACUGCGGCUUGAUAUGUCGAUGCCAGAGUUCGCUGCAGAGCUCAAGCUUAUUGCUAGUGAUCAAUUGUCACUUGCACCAGGUGCAGCGGUGCUUCAAUGGGCGCUAUUUGUACCCAGCCUCUUCCAUUACAAGAUGGCAGCAAGCCAUGGGUUCAUCACAACUCACCUCGGUCAACCCAACCACCUCCUCACCAACCCUGCAUCCCUCGUCACUCACAACACGAUCCUGGAGCACAAACCAAUUUCGACUUCACUGGAUGAAUACGCGGACGGCUUGACGUGGGAGACACUCCAGUCACAUGCUGCGACCGUUGUUGACCGUUUCACUGAUAAUCGUACAGUUCAUCACCUACGACAAGAAUGCGCAGUUCACGGCUCUCACCGAGGCGACAUGGUAUUCGAAAAUGCGAUCCUGUUUCUACGCAAUGCGCUGCAUUUGAGGGAGUUCUCGGACACCAUCAAGGCUGGCGAUUCAGGGCGCGUCCUCAAUAUCCUCAAAAUCUGGGGACUAGCUUUUCGGGGCAACAGCCAGUCAAAAUACGCAUAUGAAAUCCUCUAUCUGGUGCACAACAUCACACAUGUCUGGCCGGCAUCCCUCGUUAAGGUUGUGCUCAACAACUGGCUAGUGAAUCCAACUGAGAAGCCUCAAGGUUGGCAUGAGGUGGACUUAUUGCAAGAGCACUUCAACUUCUGGAUAAAGGACUACUAUCAGGCACAUGGCAGCGCCGCUUCCUGGGAGUGGCUUAAAACUAUUGCGCCUUGCAUGGAAAUAUUACGCUGCCUGGCUACUAAUGUCCAUGAUGUUUUAGGCUCCAAGCAAGGCAACCGCCACGCCGCGCCUGACCUAAUGGAUGACAUCAACGAGUUGAUGGGCAGUCUCUCUCAUCACAGUGUGUACACGGAACAGCAGGGCCGGGCAUUCAAUGAUGAUGGCCCACCUGCUGCGGAUGUGAUUAUUGAUGCAGUAACUGCAUUAAAGCAAUUUAAUUCAAUGUUCACAACAUUACAGCAACGGCGCCGAGUCAAACCAUUAGUCGGUGCUAUUGAAUAUUACGCUGAUGUGACCGCUGACGAUAGUGAUGGGCACAGUGAUGCAAGUGUAGAUAAUUUUGACGAGGUGGAUCUCAACAAGGGUGUUCGACCUGACCUGUAUUUGACAUCCUUGGAGGAUGUAGCACUUGAUAUGGAUGGCUAUGCUGAGGAGGGGGAUGAUAACCUUGUGUUUGAUGAUUUUGAAGAUGAAUUUCCAGAUAAUAAUCAAUCAGAUUCAUAUAUAGAGACACAGUUAACCAUAUGA